CGUGUUAAUUGUCAGAUUGAGAGCGCGCGAAACGGUUCGGCUUUGCAUCUCACAGUGAUAUUCCUUGAACUCAUCAAGGAAUUUCGAAAUAAAUUGCAAAUUCGGCGUUAGACUUGACAAUUGUGUUUAUUUGUGUCUUUGUUAGAUACAAGAGAUAAUACAUCGUGAAGAAAAUGCCUGAAGACGUAAAUAUGGCUGAUGCCGGAGAGGUAGAGACCUUCGCCUUCCAGGCCGAAAUCGCUCAGUUGAUGAGUUUGAUCAUCAACACUUUUUAUUCCAACAAGGAAAUCUUCAUCCGAGAGUUAAUCUCCAAUGCGUCUGAUGCGUUGGACAAGAUCAGAUAUGAAUCUCUUACGGACCCAGCCAAACUAGAUACAUGUAAAGAAUUGUUCAUCAAGAUUGUCCCAAACAAGAAUGAUCGCACUCUAACUAUUCUUGAUUCUGGCAUUGGCAUGACCAAGGCUGACUUAGUGAACAACCUGGGUACCAUUGCAAAAUCUGGUACAAAGGCAUUCAUGGAGGCUCUGCAGGCUGGUGCCGAUAUUUCCAUGAUUGGGCAGUUUGGUGUUGGUUUCUACUCAGCGUAUCUUGUUGCGGAUAAAGUCAUCGUAAUCUCGAAGCACAAUGACGAUGAGCAGUAUCUCUGGGAGUCCUCUGCUGGUGGUUCAUUCACAGUACGUCCCGAUAAUGGUGAACCGAUUGGACGAGGCACUAAGAUUAUCCUUCACAUCAAAGAGGAUCAAACUGAAUAUCUGGAAGAGUCAAAGAUCAAGGAGAUAGUCAAAAAACAUUCGCAAUUCAUUGGUUAUCCCAUCAAGCUUGUUGUCGAGAAAGAGCGCGAUAAGGAAUUAAGCGAGGAUGAGGAGGAAGAAGAGCCGGCGAAGGAGGCCGAGACUGAAGAUGAAAAGCCCAAGAUUGAGGAUGUUGGUGAGGAUGAGGACGAGGACAAACCCAAAGAUGAAAAGAAAAAGAAGAAGAAGACGAUUAAAGAAAAAUAUACUGAGGAUGAGGAAUUGAAUAAGACCAAGCCGAUCUGGACAAGAAAUCCAGAUGACAUUACCCAAGAGGAAUACGGCGAAUUCUAUAAGAGCUUAACCAAUGAUUGGGAAGAUCAUUUGGCAGUGAAGCACUUUUCAGUGGAAGGUCAAUUGGAAUUCAGAGCACUCCUCUUCAUUCCUCGUCGCGCUCCUUUCGAUUUGUUCGAGAAUAAGAAGAGGAAGAACAACAUUAAACUGUACGUGCGACGUGUCUUCAUUAUGGACAAUUGCGAGGAUUUGAUCCCAGAGUAUCUGAACUUCAUCAAAGGUGUUGUUGAUAGCGAGGAUUUGCCGUUAAAUAUUUCUCGCGAGAUGCUACAACAAAAUAAGAUCUUGAAGGUCAUCAGGAAGAAUCUUGUAAAGAAAUGUUUGGAACUUUUCGAAGAGCUGUCAGAGGACAAGGAGAACUACAAGAAGUGCUACGAACAAUUCAGCAAGAAUCUGAAGCUCGGCAUCCAUGAAGACAGCCAAAACAGGAAGAAGCUGUCGGAGCUGUUGCGUUAUCACACUUCUGCAUCUGGCGAUGAAAUGUGCUCACUCAAGGACUAUGUCGGUAGGAUGAAGGAGAAUCAGAAACACAUUUACUAUAUUACUGGCGAGAGCAGGGAGCAGGUAGCCAACAGCUCGUUCGUUGAACGUGUCAAGAAGCGUGGUUUCGAGGUCGUAUACAUGACCGAACCGAUCGAUGAGUACGUCGUACAGCAGCUGAAGGAAUUCGACGGUAAACAGCUGGUAUCUGUCACAAAGGAGGGUUUGGAACUCCCUGAGGAUGAGGACGAGAAGAAGAAGCGAGAGGAGGACAAAGCCAAGUUUGAGAAUCUCUGCAAAGUCAUGAAAGACAUCCUCGACAAGAAGGUUGAGAAGGUGGUAGUGUCCAACAGAUUGGUUGACUCACCUUGCUGCAUCGUUACCUCACAGUACGGCUGGACAGCCAACAUGGAGAGGAUCAUGAAGGCGCAGGCGCUUCGCGAUACCUCCACUAUGGGUUAUAUGGCAGCAAAGAAGCACCUGGAAAUCAACCCAGACCAUCCUAUCAUGGAGAACCUGCGACAAAAGGCGGAGGCAGACAAACACGACAAGUCUGUCAAGGACUUGGUCAUGCUGCUGUUCGAGACCGCCUUGCUCUCGUCCGGAUUCGCGCUCGAGGAUCCGCAGGUGCACGCCUCUAGAAUAUACAGAAUGAUCAAGCUCGGCCUGGGCUUCGAUGACGACGACGUACCGAGCACCGAGGACGAAAAAAUGGACACGGAAGUGCCACCACUGGAAGGUGAUUCUGAAGAGGCGUCGAGGAUGGAAGAAGUAGAUUAAACAAAGUCUUAGGGUUGGAUAGAAGCCUUAUUACGUUUCAUAUUCUAUGAAACGUAAUAAGACUUCUAUCCAACGGAUUUUCUUAUGGAUCAAGAAUUAACUAAAAGAUCGAAAUAGAGAAAUAAAAAACGGAGUUCAAUAAAAAAAAAGAUUAGUGAAAGCUACAUAAACCAACCUUAGAACGAUAAUAUUAAUAUUUUUGUUCUGAAUAUACAAGACUUUCUCGCUUAAAUUUGAAUCUAUUUCAUUAUCAUCGAUCGCAUUUAAUUGAUAUUUGCUUUGGAACUUUAUUUAUCAACACGACAUAUGAAUUCGUAACGGUACUUUAUUGCGCAUAAAAUUAUGACCAUCACAUGGAGGCGAGAAUUAUUUUAUGAGAAUUAUUUUAUCUAGAAAUGGAAUGAUGAAACAUGAAAGAUUAAAUUCGCAAAAGUAUAAAAAACUAUAACGGUCGUGCUGGAUGCAGGAUGAAUUUGAGUGCAAGUAUAUGUGAGAAAAUGCAUGUUUGGUAGAGAAUUAAAGAGCGGCGAUUUUCAGAGACUCUCGAAGGUGCAUUAUAUUGACGUAUAAACUACUCGCACAUUCACAAUAUAACUAUAGAAAUCACGUUAAUAAUCGUUAAUAACUUUUAUCUCUAGAAGUAAGCACAACAUGUCAUCCUGCAUGGGCACAUACAAGAAAAUGAAGAAACCCAGACAAUAUUCACAAUUCUAACUAUAGAAUUAAAAACGCAGAGGACCAAACGAGCAGAAAUUAAUUAAAUACAGUCUCUUUCUGUUUAUAUCGUCUACAAAGUCUUUGGAUUGGAUAGAAGUCUUAUUACGUUUCAUAUUCUAUGAAAAUCGCCGCUCUUUAAUUCUCUACCAACAUGCAUUUUCUCACAUAUACUUGUACUCAAAUUCAUCCUGCACCCAGCGCGACUGUUAUAGUUUUUUUUUUUAAAGUAUAAAAAACUAUAACGGUCGCGCUGGGUGCAGGAUGAAUUUGAGUACAAGUAUAUGUGAGAAAAUGCAUGUUGGUAGAGAAUUAAAGAGCGGCGAUUUUCAUAGAAUAUGAAACGUAAUAAGACUUCUAUCCAAUCCAAAGACUUUGUAGACGAUAUAAACAGAAAGAGACUGUAUUUAAUUAAUUUCUGCUCGUUUGGUCCUCUGCGUUUUUAAUUCUAUAGUUAGAAUUGUGAAUAUUGUCUGGGUUUCUUCAUUUUCUUGUAUGUGCCCAUGCAGGAUGACAUGUUGUGCUUACUUCUAGAGAUAAAAGUUAUUAACGAUUAUUAACGCGAUUUCUAUAGUUAUAUUGUGAAUGUGCGAGUAGUUUAUACGUCAAUAUAAUGCACCUUCGAGAGUCUCCGAAAAUCGCCGCUCUUUAAUUCUCUACCAAACAUGCAUUUUCUCACAUAUACUUGCACUCAAAUUCAUCCUGCACCCAGCACGACCGUUAUAGUUUUUUAUACUUUUGCGAAUUUAAUCUUUCAUGUUUCAUCAUUCCAUUUCUAGAUAAAAUAAUUCUCAUAAAAUAAUUCUCGCCUCCAUGUGAUGGGCAUAAUUUUAUGCGCAAUAAAGUACCGUUACGAAUUCA